AUGUCUUUAAUUGUUUAUGUCCUUAAAUUAACGCCUUAUUCAGGACAGGCAGGAGAAUUACAUCCUAUAGCUUCUCUAUUUAUAACAUUUAUUUUAUUAACUGUUGGUUAUUUAAUGGGCAAUUCAUUUUUGCACAAACUAUUAGGACGUAACAAAUUUUUACCACAAGGAAAGCACGCGUAUGUGACUGGAGGAAGUAAUGGACUUGGUAGAGCUAUAGCCAAGUUGUUAGCUUCGAAAGGCGCUCACGUAACCAUAGUUGCGCGUGGUAAAGAGGAUUUAAAAACAGCUCUCGAAGAAAUUAAAAACGCUGCAAAGGAACGUGAAGAGUAUAAAAAUUUGAUAUUUACUGCAAUUUCAGCAGACCUUACCAAAAAGGAUGAAUCCUUUCGUGCAUUAAAUGAAGCUUGUGAGAAACAUAAUGGCAAAGCUCCCGAUUUUAUUAUUUGCUGUGCUGGAUCUUGCAAGCCUGGAAUAUUUAUAGAGCAAGAUAUUUCAAUAUUUGAAAAUAAACAGGGGAUUAAGGGAAAAGUUGUUUUGGUCAGUUCGAUCUUAGGAUUAAUUAGUUUCAUUGGAUUUUCUCAAUACAGUCCGACAAAAUAUGCUAUAAAAGGUUUGGCCGAAACUUUACGCAAUGAGUUGAUACUUUAUGAUAUUGGUGUUCAUUGUUAUUUUCCUGGCACGAUUGAUAGCCCUGGUCUCAAGGAGGAGAACAAAACCAAACCAAAAAUAUCCAGUGAUAUUGAAGGUAGUAAUACAGAGUUAAAGCCAGAUGAAGCUGCUAAAAUUUUAUAUAAAUCUCUUUGCAAAGGAGAAUUUUUUAUCACCUCAGAUUUUGGAGGUGAUCUCUGCAGAGCUGCAAAUAAAGGUCCUGUCACUCCAUCUAAUAAUUUUGUUGUUGAUCAUUUGCUCUGUAAUCUUGCAUGGAUAAGAAGGUCAAAGAUAGCAGAGCUUAACGUCUAA